AUGUCUAACGUUCCUUCUAUAUUCUCAGCCCCUCCAGGACAGGGCGGCAACAACAGCAGCAAUAACAACAAUAAUGGCUAUACCCCGUCUGCCGCCGCCAGUGGCUAUACCGGUACCUCUGCUGGCGGCUACACACCAUCAGCGGCAGCAAGCGGCUAUACGCCCUCAACUGCGGCCAGCGGCUAUACGCCUUCUGCAGCAGCAGGUGGAUAUACCCCUUCUGCGGCAGCAGGUGGCUAUACGCCUUCUGCUUCAGCGGGUGGAUCGCACGGAGGCGGAUACACUCCGUCCUCGGCGGCAAACAGCUACACUCCCUCUGCUGCAGCCUCGGGCUACUCUUCUGGAGGAACCUACACCCCAUCCUCAGCGGCGAGUGGUGGAUACUCUGCGGCAACUGGAUCCACAAACUACGGUGGCACCAGCAACCAGAAUACUGGAGGAUACGUUCCUUCGGCCACCGCCAUGAGCUACAAUCCAUCAGCUGCUGCUGGCGGUCCGGUUCAAAGUGGCAACACCAGCAACACUGGGGGAUACGUUCCUUCUACUGCUGCCACGAGCUACACACCUUCUACUGCCGCCACCAGCUACACACCUUCCAGUGCCGCCACUGCCAGUAGUGUCCCUGUUUCUGCUCCAGCGCCUGCAUUUAAUCAGGCGAUCAAUGCUCCCACAAACCGCGCCCCGGCUUACCCCCCGUCAGCCCCGCCUGCCUACAAGGAUCCAAAUGUGGCCCCAUCCUACCAAACAUUGUCCUCCUCCCCCAUUCCUCAUGUGACAGCGACACCAGCCAAUCCAUUCACAUCUAGUUUCUCGCAUGGCGGUGGUCCCACCCAAGGUGUCAUGUCACAGGCCCACGAUCCCGUGAAUUGCCACAAAAUCGACUAUGAAAUCAAGGGACAGGAAAUGCAGCUGGUCGAGGUUCAUUUGGAUCCACAGGAAACCGCCAUUGCCGAGGCUGGUGCCAUGAUGUAUCUCGAAGACGAUAUUGACUUCAAAACAAAGUUUGGGGAUGGAUCGGAACCCAAGCAAGGAUUCUUCAAAAAACUCAUGGCCGGUGCCGGGCGGCUUUUGACGGGUGAGUCGUUAUUCAUUACUCACUUUACCAACACCGGGAGCACCCCGGCAAGAAAGGCUGCCUUUGCCGCACCCUAUCCGGGGACUAUACUCCCAAUUGACAUGAUGGAACUCCAGCAACGGUUUCCGUCCGGUAUGCCAGAUAAGCCCACUUCGAUCAUAUGUCAAAGAGACGCCUUUCUAUGUGCUGCCAAGGGAACCAAACUGGAAAUGUAUCUACACAAAAAGCUGGGAAGUGGCCUCUUCGGUGGGGAAGGUUUCAUUCUUCAGCAGCUGAAAGGCGAUGGAAUGGCAUUUUGCCAUGCCGGUGGGUGUGUCAUUCGGCGAGAGCUCAAGUACGGCGAAAAGCUCCGCGUGGAUACUGGAUGUCUUGUAGCAUAUUCCAAUCCGGGUAUCAAUAACGACAUUCAAAUGGCGCCCGGUCUCAAGACAAUGUUCUUUGGUGGAGAAGGGCUGUUCCUAUGCACACUGACAGCAGAUCAACCCCAGGGUGGAGUCGUGUGGUUGCAAUCUCUGCCCUUUUCGCGACUCUGUGAUAGAAUCCUUGCCAAUGCACCGUCUGCGGGAGGAAGCCGCACAGGAGAGGGCAAUCGCCUUACUGGUGGCCUUGGGGAUCUUAUUGAUGGCGACAACAAUGGAUUGUUCGGGUUCUAG